AUGGUUGAAUCAGAUGUGAAGGUUAGCGAAGGUAAGAGUAAACAGCCUGUUAGACCGUCGAAGGACGGCGAUUUAUCGCGGAUUGCCGAUUAUGUGCGGUUUGGGUUCAAUUGCACCAUUGCGGUUGGAUCAUUGUAUCUUCUUGUGCGCUUUAUACUAUUAGUAAGGUCUGACGUCGAGUGGAGACGGUACCAGAGGCUGAUUGAGACCAGAGCGAUUACUGAAAAGUGCGCAAUCGACUAUGAACUUAAUAGAUGCCAUCCGUUGACACGACUUCCUGCACUACGGGAACAAUGCGAGCAGUGGCUAAGAUGUAUGCAUAUGGAGGUGAAUUCAGAGCUUGAAGAGUCUGGAACUCUCUGGGCGUCUACUUUGGCUAAGAUAUUGAAUGAAUUUACUGAACAGAUAAGUUUCAGGACAGUUGGCAUUAUAUUAACGGUUACAUUAUCUGUAAUAUUGGCUACAAACUUUGCGUUUGGAACAUACAGAGUGUAUCAUGUGCAGUGA